CUGUGGGACUCGCAACAUCAUCAUCAUCAUCAAACUCUCACCCACGCAGAGGAUCUCAUUCCAGCCGAGUCCUGCACGGCGUACAGGCGCGCUUCACGCCUCACAACCCCGCGUGUGUGCAAACGCUUCCGCUGCUCUUUUCAGCGCUACACGCCACGUCUUUCUGUUUCUUUUUUUUCCUCUUCUUUAAUCUGGAUUCGAGUUAAACGCGGAGCGGCUCCGGUGGAUUCUCUCUCCCUGAGAGAAUUUUUUUUCCCACGGCGGUGAAGCUCGACGACGCCGGUGGCGGCUGAGUGUGUCCAUAUUCCUCAGGGUUUUUUUCUCAACAGUUUUAUUUUAUUUCGAAAAUUAAUUUUGUUUCAAUAAAUAUUACGAGCGCGUCCGAACAAAAAGUCAAGAUGUCCGAAGUGCUCCUAGCUCGCGGAGCUAGCUAGCUAACUCAACGACAUGGACUGUCACGACGGUCGGCAGCGCAGGACUGACCCACUGCUUACAGCUAGCUAGUCAAAUUAGCUAGCCAACUUUCGUGUACUCAGUCGGCUAGUUUAAGAACAGACAAUAUUUAUAUACACAUAUAUAUAAAUAAAUAUAUUUAUAGAGCGAGAUUUGUGAGGGUUUUCUGAAGCUAACUUUCUUAAGCUAAGUUACGAGUUCGCGAUGCGCGCCAGUCCCGGAGCCAGCUGGCUCACAUUCACACCGCAGCAGCGCGACACUGUGCUGUUAGCGAGCUAGCUAGACGGAUCGAUCAACUCGUCGAAGCUAACGAACUGAACGCGGGGUCGAGGGAGAGGAGAGGAGUUCCGCGUUAAUACCGAGCUGAAACUGCGGAAAUCAUGUACUGUCCGUCCACAUUGGUGCACCAAGACUUCUGUGUUGGACAGUUUGAUCCUCGCGAAUGAACUCGGAUACCCGCCUGGGGAAACCGAGAGGAGGAAAGUAAUCAGGCGGAGGGAGCGGAGGGCCCGGGGUGAGCGCCGGGGCUGUAAACAUGAGCGGGUGCGCUCGGGUCUCGGUCCUGACACUGGGGCUGUGCGCCGUCCUUCUCCUCCUCAGUCCUGUCGCAGCUGCCCAGAGUGAGGAGCGAGAGUGUGCAUUUACUGACCUGCACCAGCAGUUUGAUGAGCAGAGCGUGGCUGGCGACUGGCACGUGUCACGGGAGAACAACACCAUCCUGUGCAGCAAGAGCAGCCGCUGCUACGGUCUCUGGGAGAAAACUCAUGACGGUGACAUUCACCUGGUCAAACAAGGCUGCUGGACUUACAUUGGCGACCAGCAAGAUUGCCAUGACGACCGUUGCGUGGUGACCAACACGCCGUCACAGAUCCAGAAUGGCACAUACCGCUUCUGCUGCUGCAGCACAAACAUGUGCAAUGUCAACUUCACGGAAAACUGGGUGCCCAGUCCCACCAGUGCCUCCAUACUGCACCCGCAGCCUCUGCACCGUGAGGAUGCCAUUUUUAUCACCCUGGCAUCUGUCUCAGUCGUUGCCGUGCUUAUCGUGGCGGUGUUUUUUGGCUACCGAAUGCUGACAGGAGAUCGUAAACAGGGAUUGCAUAAUAUGGAUAUGAUGGAGGCCGCAGCAUCUGAACCCUCAGUUGAUUUAGACAGUCUGAAGCUACUGGAGCUCAUCGGUCGUGGCCGCUACGGCUCAGUUUACAAAGGCUCUUUGGACGAGCGUCCAGUUGCUGUAAAAGUCUUCAGCUACACGAACCGUCAGAACUUCGUGAACGAGCGAGCCAUUUACAGAAUCCCCCUGUUAGAGCAUGACAACAUAGCACGCUUCAUUGUGGGAGACGAGCGUCUGACGACAGACAGCCGUAUGGAGUACCUGCUGGUGAUGGAAUAUUACCCACAUGGAUCCCUGUGUCGGUACCUGAGUCUGUAUGCCCUAGACUGGGGGAGCUGCUGUCGUCUCGCCCAUUCAGUCACCAGAGGACUGGCCUACCUACACACAGAGCUGCUAAGGGGAGAUAUAUAUAAACCAGCAGUCUCACACCGGGACCUGAACAGCAGAAACAUUCUGGUGAAGAACGACGGCACGUCUGUGAUCAGUGAUUUCGGUUUGUCUAUGAAGCUGACAGGAAAUCGUCUUGUCCGCCCUGGAGAGGAGGAGAAUGCUGCGAUCAGUGAGGUGGGUACAAUCCGCUACAUGGCCCCAGAGGUGCUUGAAGGAGCAGUGAAUUUGAGGGACUGUGAGUCUGCUCUAAAGCAGGUGGAUAUGUAUGCUGUUGGCUUGAUAUACUGGGAGACCUUCAUGCGUUGUACAGACCUUUUCCCAGGCGAGACUGUACCAGAGUACCAGAUGGCUUUUCAGGCCGAGGUAGGAAACCACCCAUCCUUCGAGGACAUGCAGGUUCUGGUUUCUCGAGAGAAACAGAGGCCGAAGUUCCCCGAAGCUUGGAAAGAGAAUAGUCUGGCGGUUCGUUCACUAAAGGAAACGAUGGAGGACUGUUGGGAUCAAGAUGCAGAGGCUCGUUUAACUGCUCAGUGUGCAGAGGAGCGCAUGGCAGAGCUGCUUCUUAUCUGGGACAGAAACAAGUCAGUCAGCCCCACUGUCAACCCAAUGAGCACAGCCCUUCAGAAUGAGAGGAACCUAACCCAUAGUCGCAGGGUUCCAAAGAUUGGGUCUUACCCAGACUACUCAUCCUCCUCAUACAUCGAGGACCAUGAUGGCAUGGUGAAGAACCUUCCUGGAGACAUGUCCACCUCAGGCACUUCUUCAGUGAGUGGCAUCGGUCCUGGCACAGGGGGCGUAGGAGAAAAGAACAGGAACUCAAUUAACUACGAGAGACAGCAGGCACAAGCACAGGCACGUCUCCCAAGUCCUGAGACCAGCGGAGCCAGUAUAUCCACAAGCACCACCACAACCACAGCAGGCCUCACCCCCAGCACAGUCAUGUCCACCAUCUCUGAAUCAGCCCCAUCUGAGGAGGCUGGAGCAGGCCUGAGUGUGCCUGUCUGUCUGCAGCUCACCCAGGAAGACCUGGAGACCACCAAACUGGACCCCAAGGAGGUGGACAAGAACCUGAAGGAGAGCUCUGAUGAGAACUUAAUGGAGCAUUCUCAGAAGCAAUUUAGCGCUCCUGACCCGCUCAGCACAGGCAGCUCCAGCCUGCUUUACCCGUUUAUAAAGUUAGCAGCUGAGGUGAACGCAGGAGCUGGAGGUGGGCAUCAGGCUGAAUUUGGGGCCGGUAGCAGUGCCACACUUGAUGCCCCACCCACCAUGUUUCCCCUUCCAAAACAACAGAAUCUCCCCAAGAGGCCCACCAGCCUGGCCCUUGGCUCCAAAAAUCCCAGCAAGGAGUCUUCAUCCUCUCGGCUCAAGUUUGGCCGACACAAGUCCAACCUGAAGCAAGUGGAAACAGGUGUGGCCAAGAUGAAUGUUGUGGCAGCAGCAGAGCCUCAUUCAGUGACACUAACCAAUAAUGGGGCAGGAGUGAGAAACGGAGCUGGAGUGCUCCUGAUUAAUGGCUAUGCAGGUGGUUCCAGUAGUGCCAGCAGCUCCCUCGGGAACACAAACCCAGCUGGACCACAGGGUGAGGGAGGUGGCCUGCCUUUGCUCCAAAGCCAGCUAAGUGGUGAUGACAUUCGAUUGAAUAUCAACAUCAACUCCAGUCCUGACGAGCAUGAGCCCCUGCUACGCCGAGAGCACACGGGUCGCACCAACUCCAACAACAACAACAGCAACGUCCACACUGCAGUUUCCUCUGGGCCAGGUGCAUCAAGUGCAAUACCAGCAGGACCUGCUCUGGCAGGGCCACGAGUACUGCAAGUGAAUGAGGAAGCCCCUUUGAGACAAGACAAACCCAGGAGACCAGAAAGACCCAACUCCCUGGAUUUGUCGACCACUUCACAGGACUUUUCAGUGUCUGUUGAAAGUUCCUCUCAGGAGGGAAAAGCUGCAUCAGCUGAGAAGAUAAAGAGGCGUGUGAAGACGCCUUACUCUUUAAAACGGUGGCGUCCCUCAACGUGGAUCAUCUCUACAGAUACAUUGGAUGGAGAGGUCAACAACAACGGGGCAGGUGGAGGGCAGGGGGCAGCAGGAGCUACUCGCUCUAAAUCCAGCACUGCCGUGUUCCUGGUCGGAGAAGGACCUGCCACAGCAACCCUCUCCUCUGACCCGCCUGGCAUGGCCUGCCUAUGAACACUUACCUGCUGAGACACAGCCACAAGCAGCUUACUGAUACUGGAGGGUUUGGCAGCAUGCUACGAAGAGAACAGUUUUUUAAGAUACGAUUUGCGAGCACUUAACAUCAUGGUUUUUCUUGAAAAUGAGUUUUUGUUUGGUUUUUUUUGUUUUGUUUUUUGAAAAUAAUUGCUUUAAACCGAACCCAGCUAUGCAGCAUCAUUGGCUUACAAUGCUUCCAUUAUGUCCGUUGUCUCGUUGUAAAUCAACGUAUCAUUGUGUGUCUGGUUGUUUGAUAAUUACUUUCUUGUAUUUGUUGCACUUUUUUUUAUAAUCAUGAUCUUAAUCACAUAGUUAUGUCUGAUUUCUUGGACCUUGUUUAAAUCUGGUCUUAAAAUGUAAAAAAAAAAAAAAAAAAAAAAAAUGGGGAAAAAAAAAAAAGACAAUUUGUUGAUUUAACAAUCAUGUUCGACCGCUUGUAUGGGCAUCAAUGAAAUCUAGUCCAUAUAAAAAGUUGAUAAAAAAUGCAGUGGAGCCUCUAAGAGCUUUGACUGCAAUAGCAUCUGUCGUGUAUUAUGCAUAGUACAUUCAAGCAUUUGUUGUAUGUAAUUAUAUAUACGUGUCCCCCAUUUUUGUAUUACAUUCUGAAAUGUGCAAUAGGCUUUAGCUUUGAGGUGCUUUUUCAAUACUUUCAAUCUUGUUCUAUAAUUUGCAGCAUUUUCCAUUUGUUAACAUACUGUAAACUAAACUGUGCACUUACCUGCAAUCUUCUAUCUCCUUAAACCACCGCUGUCUUCUGGAUGACAAUCCUUUAUCAAUCCCAGCAGUCUUGAGGGGAAAGGUAAAAUGAUUUUUGGGUGUGCGCAUUGUUGGAGAUGCCCAACAACAGAGGACGGCUGGUAAUUCUGCAAGCUUGGAAGAAUGGAGGAUUUUUCAAUUCUGUUACAAUCGGAAUCACGUUCUGUCUCAGUCUGAUAUCUGGAAUAAUGUUCUCCCUUAUUAGCCGACAUCAAAGUACACACUUCACUCAUUUGUUUGCAAGGACUAGGUUUCCGCAAGUGUGAAUAUACAAGAGUGUGUCUGUGUUAACAGUCUGAUGCGUUACCCUCUGCAUAAGGAUCCAUGUGAAGCCCAAGAGCAGCUGUGACACAUGGGGACUCGUAUGAGAAAACGGACAAAUCGCUGAGGUUAGGUGUUGCUCUCUGCAUUCCAGUCACAAACAGCACCAUGGACACCAAGUAUUUACUUCAAAUGUAAUUUAUAUCUAAUGUUACAUAACACAAACCUGGAACUAAAUGUGUACAUCGUUGUGCGUAGUACAGCUGCUUUAGUUCUCUUUAAACCUCUGUUUUUGAAAGCUGUACUGAAAUGGCAAAUAUGGUCAAAUAUGGUCAAUUAUGGUCAUGUAUCAGGUAUCAAAGUAAUCUUUAGUUGGUGGUUAGCGUUCAUCUUAUUCUCCAUACAAUCAUGAUAUCAGAGGGAAGCUGUGUGUGUGCGCAUGUGUAUGCAUAAAAAUAAAUAAAUACAUAUAUAUAUAUAUAGAUAUAGAUAUAGACACAUACAUACACGUGUGUAUAUGUGUAUUUAUAUAUAUGUAUGUAUAGAUAGAUAUACACACACACACACGUGUGUGUGUGUGUGUAUAUGUGUAUUUUUAUAUAUAUGCAUGAUGCAUAUACACAGCUGUUAUUUCAGAAUGACAUUUUUGUGUGCUUUAAUUUCUCUUUUUAUUUGUUUUUAUUUUUUUAAAGCAGUGCCAUGGGCCAAACCUCAAGGCUGUAUGUCAAUUAUUUUUGUUCUAUUAUAUUACUCCCAUAAAUAUUAUCAUAUAUUGCGUCCCUUUUGACUGCCAUUAAUCAUUCAUCCAUGUGCUUUGGUGUCAUUCAUUCAUGUCCAUGAGCAGUUUGAACAAAUUUUGCUGGAUAAUCACCUGAAACGAAACACAAUUUCAGUGCCCCUCCACUUCAGCCCUAAUUAUUAUUGCUUUAUGCUAAACAUUGCAUCGCACAAUUUAAUGAAAUCUUCAUUUUAAAUAAACAGUUAAGGUUUUACUUUUUUUUUUUUUUUUUUCUUGACCCACAAUUACUGAUGCAUUUUGAAGCUCAGACAUGAGCCAUUAAAAUAAUUACAUAGUGAUGCCCCAUGAUGGGAAAACCUCUCUUGUACAGCAAAACAAACUUCCCCAUAAUAGAGACGGCCUUAAAAUGCGCAACCGUAUGCUGUGUAAAAAAAAAUGUGCCACUUCUUGUAACAAAUUUAUUAUUCAAACAAAGUAUGUUUCACUUCCUCUCUCUAAGUUGUUGAAGCGGAAAUCUUAGUUUUGUAUCUGUAAUAUAGGUUCACCGAUCUGGUGUAGAUAUAUCUGUAUAGCAUGCUUUUGCUUGCACAUAUACAGAAGGCUCAACUGUUGCUGCGGGACCAAGAACAAUGUUGUAACACUGUGAUAUUUAUCUCUAGAUUAAAUAGCACAGUUAUAUCAGACAGAUAUUACUUACUAACUUUAUGUACAUGCUGUUUGUUUUUCUCAAGCUAGACAGAAAUAAUUACACUGGUUAAAAAGUCACAUUUUUCUUUCUUGGCACUUAGUUUUCAAUUUCUGAAAUACUGACCUUAAAAUAUAUUUAGCCCACAGGAUUAUUGGUGUACAGUAGGUUGGGUCUUCAUAUUGAAUGAUGUCACUGCUUUUUUACAGCAUAUUGCUAAAUGAUUAACAUUUACAGGUGUCCAUGGAUAAUGCUGAUAUAUAUAUAUAAUUCAAUUAGCCCAGGACAUCUUGGAACAACGGUCAUCAUAAUGCUUAGAUAUUGUUGAUAUGCCAGCUGUCACACACUGUGCUCUAGAGGAGAAAAAACAAACAAACCCUGUUCAUGGAGAUCUCCCUACUUCCAAUCUUAAUCCAUCCAAGCUGACCCGAAUCAGGUAAACUGAUUAUCUGGGCCACUUGUGCUGGAUUCUGUAGGCUGUGUGUGAGAGAGAGACGUUUAGAAAGAUGGUUAAUGAUUACAUUUAGAGGAAACAUGGCAGAUUUGGUAAUGAGGUCCCAUUCAAACUAUUCUUUUCUAAAAGUUGUAACUGAGUCAGUCACCAUUUUUCAUCCACAAAAUCACUAAAAGCAAAAUAAAUAAUGCUCUGUUUUUGUUCAUGUCAAAAGACAGAGCAGCUCUUUCCAAAUUCAAUCAUACAGAUGCAAAACAUUUUUGCUGUUAUGUCUUCAAGAAACUAGAAUAACAUUUAAUCGUAUGUGUAUGUAUAAGAGAGAAUGGAAAGUAUUUGUUAAUUUGGGCUGCUGUUUUGUUUUGUUUCUUUCCCUUUUUCCUUUUUCAGUCAUUGAAUUCAUACUGAUGCUAAUGGCUUUGUUGAGAUCUGUGGCUGAGCUUAUUGAAAGAAAAAAAAAAGCCACAAAUGUUUUCUAUUGCAGCUUGUAAAGUAAGAAAAAAGAAAAAUAACUACUCAGUUUAGUCUACUCAAAAAAGAUAUAUGUUUAAAUGCCAUUUAGUAAUAAAGCUUGCUGUACAACCCUGCAUUACUCAGUUGAUUAAAUACUAUAUUAAAGAGAA